GGAGCCAGCUGAUAAUUACGUCAGAAGAAUUUGUUUAAAAAUUAUAUAGUAAGUGGCCCAGUUUCUGACCACCGAUCAAAAAUUUUGGAUGAUACUUAAUAAAUAUAUACAUAUAUAUAUUUGAAUAUAAAUUAUAAGACAAAAAUCGAAGUUCCAUCAUGUCUGGAACCUGCCCAUGAUAAAUCACUGGAUAAUUUAUCUAACAAAGUGUCAAAUAUAAAAUACAGAGCAUCUUCAUCAGUAAGGUUUUGAUGAUUUAGUUUAAAUAUGAAACUCUUGAUAAAUCUCCAAAGAAAAAAGUUGAUAAUAAAUAAUUAUGAAAAAUUAUUCAAUAAAUCAACGGGAGCAGCAGUGAGAUGCUGGUACUCAUCGAAUGUCACUGAAAAAUCAAAUAAAGAGACGAAACCUGUAUUACAUAAACAUUUGCAUGCUAAAAUAAAGUCAUGCGGACCAAUUCCUGUUGCUGAGUACAUGAAGGAAGCGCUGACGAAUCCUGUAGCUGGGUAUUAUAUGCUGAGAGAUGUGUUUGGUGCUGAAGGAGAUUUUAUAACUUCUCCAGAAAUUUCUCAGAUGUUUGGAGAGUUGGUGGGAAUAUGGGUGCUCAAUGAAUGGAGAAAAAUUAGUAAAGAUGAUUUCCAAUUGGUCGAACUAGGACCAGGAAGAGGAACGUUGAGCAAAGACAUUCUGAAAGUAUUCAAACAACUCAAGGCCAUAAAUAAAUUGUCUGUUCAUUUAGUCGAAGUCAGUCCGGCUUUGUCAGACAUUCAGGCGAAAAAAUUGUGCGUCUCUUCCAAAGAAGUUUCUCCAAUUUUAAUUAGCGGCGAUGAUAAAGAAAAUAAAUUAGCGAGUUAUCAUUACCGGGAAGGAGUUACUGAAGACGGGACUAAAGUAUUUUGGUACCGUUCUAUUGAACAUGUUCCCAGAAAAUUUAGUGUUUUUAUUGCUCAUGAAUUUUUUGAUGCUUUACCAAUCCACAAAUUUCAGAAAAAUAAUGGAGCCUGGCAUGAAGUCUUUGUAGAUAUCGACCCAAAUAAUGAAGAAAAAUUCCGAUAUGUCAUGUCCAAGUUUCCCACUUUGUCAAGUAAAUUAUUUAUAUCGGAAAAUGAACAACGAGACCACGUGGAAGCGAGUCCACAGACGAUGGUAAUAAUCGACUACAUGUCAAAAUUUUUAAAAGAGUGCGGCGGGUUUGCAUUGAUAGCUGACUACGGUCACGACGGAGACAAGACUGACACAUUCCGAGCUUUCAAAAACCACCAGCAGCAAGACCCGCUGGUUGCUCCAGGAACGGCGGAUCUGACAGCGGAUGUGGACUUUGCGAUGAUUAAAAAAAUUGCAACUAAAGACGACAGAACUAUGGCCUUCGGGCCGGUAAACCAGAGAAAAUUUUUACUAGAUCUAGGUAUUGAUGUCCGACUUAAUGUGUUGCUGCAAAAAGCACCGGAUUCUGAUAGAAAAGAUUUAAUAUCUGGGUACAAAAUGCUGAUUGACGAAGACAAAAUGGGUAAAUGUUUUAAAAUGCUGGCAUUAUUUCCGUCGGUUUUGAAAGAUCACCUGAUGAUGUGGCCAGUUGUGGGAUUUUUUGAUAGAAAAACGGAGAAUGACAGUAGAGAUAAAUAA